AUCGGAUGCAUGUUCCUACCCCUCUUUUACUCUCCCUUUCGAACAACACGGCCCUUUUAAUUUGAAAGUUGAGUGGAAGGAAUAAGAAACAGAGGAAUUUGGGUAAACGGGGUAGUGAAAAGGCGCCAGGGGUUAUACUGAAUAUACAUUCCUCGUUUCUCAUUAUUCACUUUAUAUAUUAGCUAGCUAUCGAUAGUGCGGAUAAGUUAGGGAGCAGGCUAACGUGAGCUAUCGAUAGCUAGCUAAAGAUAAGACGGGGAACAGUCAUUAGCAAGUUGGCUGGAAUUGGCGGAUCUGUUGUUCUCCGGUUAUAUAAUAAAAUUACAAAAAAAACAGCCGCUUUACCAAUUUUGUUGAGAAAAAAAUCGUAUUGACGACGAAUUAAGGGAGCAACGGGGGAGAAAGACUUGACUGCUUGAAAACGACCAAAAAAAUUAAGUAAAAUGGCGGAGCCGGACAAAUUAAACAUUGACUCUAUAAUACAGCGUCUUCUGGAAGUGAAGGGCUCCCGGCCAGGCAAGAAUGUGCAGCUGACAGAGAACGAGAUCCGCGGCCUCUGCCUCAAGUCCAGGGAAAUCUUCCUCAGCCAGCCAAUCCUCCUUGAACUUGAGGCUCCGCUCAAGAUCUGUGGUGACGUCCAUGGGCAGUAUUACGACCUCCUGCGACUGUUUGAGUACGGCGGCUUCCCCCCGGAGAGCAACUACCUGUUCUUGGGUGACUAUGUGGACCGGGGCAAGCAGUCGUUGGAGACCAUCUGCCUGCUGCUGGCCUACAAGGUCAAGUACCCCGAGAACUUCUUCCUGCUGCGGGGGAACCACGAGUGUGCCUCCAUCAACCGCAUCUACGGCUUCUACGACGAGUGUAAAAGGCGGUACAACAUUAAGCUCUGGAAGACGUUCACAGACUGCUUCAACUGCCUGCCCGUGGCCGCCAUCGUCGACGAGAAGAUCUUCUGCUGCCAUGGAGGCCUCUCCCCGGAUUUGCAGUCCAUGGAGCAAGUGCGGCGUGUGAUGCGACCCACGGACGUGCCUGACCAGGGCCUGCUGUGCGACCUGCUGUGGGCCGACCCGGACAAAGAUGUGCUGGGCUGGGGGGAGAAUGACCGCGGGGUCUCCUUCACCUUCGGUGCUGACGUAGUGGCCAAGUUCCUGCACAAGCAUGACAUGGACCUCAUCUGCAGGGCGCACCAGGUAGUGGAAGACGGCUACGAAUUCUUCGCCAAGCGGCAGCUGGUCACGCUGUUUUCGGCACCCAACUACUGCGGCGAGUUCGACAAUGCGGGAGCCAUGAUGAGCGUGGACGAGACCCUCAUGUGCUCCUUCCAGAUCCUGAAACCUGCAGACAAGAAGCUCUACUCCUACGGGGGAGGUGGGGGCAUGGGAUCGGGACGUCCGGUCACCCCCCCUCGAAAUUCAGCCAAAGGCGGAAAAGCCAAGAAAUAGCACCUGCUGAACCCCCCCCAACUUUCACCUUCUCCUGCUUCUCUACCUCCCUCCCUCCUUCCCUCCAUUCCCUUUCCAUCACCAAACAGCGGCAAAGCAGUAUCCAGGAUUCUGUUUUUCCGGUCUCCUGAUUCUUGGUACUGCGUAACUUUUAAGGUGUGCAUGAACGUUUGAGAGGUUUGUGACGAGAUGUCCUUCCUGUGCCCGGCCUUCCUCCAUGCCCUUAAAACCCUCACCCUCACUCCUCUGGCACACUUGCUUUGAACGCACACAAGGUGGCAGCACCGAGGAGGCCCGCUGUGCAUCACAGCCAGCGUGGGAGGGAUUCUGCCAUUGUUUAUGUAAGACCCCCGCUCUCUCUUAACCUGUCAGAGAUGCCAGUCACUUUAAAGGGAGGGUGGGGGGGGUUGACAGGCAGCCUCGCACAUACGUGACGAUUCCGUGUCGCACGCCAGGGUUUCUGUUCAACGUGCAGAGGGAUGGGUGUGCGUGCUUGCGUGUGUGCGGGCGGGGGAAGAUGUGAAGAGGCUGGACAGACGCACUCACGGAGCAAAAUCAGGUGUCAUUGUUUUAUAGGUGUCAGACUUUUUAAAGUUUUGUUUUUAAAGUCGUCAAAGAUGGGUUAAUAAAGAAACAUUUAAAAAUACAAAGAAAAAGAGCCAAGCUUGCUUUUCUCCAUGCCGCGUCUCCAUGCCGUCUGUAAGCUGUCUGCUUUAUAUCUGCACCUGCUGCACGUGUCCAGCGGCCUCAUCUGCUCUGUACCCCUUGUGGGAUCAAGCUCCUUGUCAGACUUAAAUUGCUUUUAAAUCGAUUCCCUCUCUUUGCUCCCUGUUCUGUUUUUUGCUUUGCUCAUUCAUGUUACCUCACAGUCUGUCAUUCUGCCCAGAGCCAUUUGUAAAUACAGCCCCCCCCCCCCUUUUAAUUUCCACGUACUGUAGUAGUUGCUUUCCAUCACCUAUGCUGUCUCUCGCUCCCACAUCCGAUCUGUAGUCAAAUGUACCUUUCAGGUGCCCCACCAUUAAAUAGCACCUGCUUCUUAGUUUAAAAGGUACAGCUGCACUUGAUCAGCUUUCCAUAAUCCCCCCCCCCCUUUGAAAGUUUGUGGUUCGCUGCGGUCCCAUGAUGCCACCAUUGCUGGACUUCAUUGUUCUCCUGCUCCAGGCUUAUGUGCAGCUUUACGUAUCCCCUUCCCUUCCUGUGAUUGGCUGACUGCUUUCCAUUGCGCAUCUCGCAUUUUCAAGACCAUACCAAGCUGCCCGUCCUUAUUUUCUCCAUAAGCUGCCACGUCCUUAUAUCGUCUGACCAAAAGGUAUCUUGGAGCGACAACGCUGUGCUUCAUGAUGCCCAUGCGAUCUUUGCUGGUUAAUAGGUGGGGUGAUUUUUUGUUUCCAUUAUGUGAAUUUUCAAUUACAUUUUUUUUUGCAGGGUGUGCAUUUUUGAACUUAAUUGGUACUGUAUAAUGAACCUUAAGUUUUACUGUUAAACAAACGGCGAAAAGCUUGCUGAGAGCGGACGGGUGAGAAAUAUGUCAAGAGCCCCACGGUCGGCAGCUAGCGAGGCUGUGUGAACUUCACGGGAGACGCGUUUCAGGGGCACAUGUAAAUGCGAUGGCUGUUUCUCACAACUGGCAGAUGGGGAUGAUUAAUGCAAGAGGUAAUGUGUCUUGAAUAUGUAUUGGUCGCCUAUAGGAGGCAUUUACAAUGCUGUAUUUUUUUCACCCCUUGUCUCAGACAGUGGUUUGAUAUUCAAUGUAAUAGUGACUGACAGGGAGGAUGUGUGGUUUUUUUUUUCGUUUCAAAGACAAGGCUUUAAUUUGAUAGAAACGCUUUUCUGUAAUAUAGACAAUCUCUAUAAAGCAUACGGUUUAGAAGCAAGCCAUCCGCAAUACGAAAUGUAACAGGACGUUAUCGUCUUUUUAGCCUAUUGGGUAAAAAUGUCUUGGGGAGGAAUCGCUGUCAAAACCUCAGUGCGUGUGCUUGGUGAAUUUCCCCCCGACGGCUGGAGACUUAACUUCCAGCAAGCAUUACUGAAGGAAAAAAGAAAAGUCGACGGCGUUUCGUUAACGAUCACGAUUAUUUUUGGUGCAUACCUGCAGUAAAACGUACAUCACGUAUUUCUUUUUUUCCCCUCUUUUUACCUGACAGAAGUAGGUUAACUUAGGUAACGAGAGUUUGUAAAUGUUUUUCUUUCAACCAAUCAGGGACCUUUUCCCCCAAGCACUGACGCUGGGUAGGAUACAGACGUUUAAAUUGGAUUAAUCAGUUCAUAGGUUUAAUAAAAAUGCUAUUUUUUAUUUUUUAUGUAAUUUGUUUUGCAACCAAUCACAGAUCUUGUCUCUCUGUUACCAGGUAGAAAAUAAAAAGUGUAUUUGUA